AUGAAGGGUCGGAGAGCGCCAAUCGCUAUCGUCUCGACUUUGCUAAGUCUAUUCACCUUUUCCCAAUUCUACCAGCGCUCGCUCUUCGAGAAGCUCACACCAUAUUCCGAACGUUUGGAUGAGAAGCAGUGGGUUGCAUCGUCUCAUUCCUGGCUGGACAGAAAGGCAUGCAACUGGUUUGGGUUCUGCGGGCUGGCCCAUCUCAACAAAGCCGGAUGGGUUGGUCAUAACGUGAAAGCUUCCAGGAAGCAGCAGGCGCCAGUUGUCGACGCGGACGACCUCAGCUCCUUUUGGACGAGCGGCAAAUCGCGCCCUGAGGACUGGUCCGACGACGAGCGUGUGCUACGCGAGGUGCCCCAAUACGUCCUAGAGUAUGCACCAUAUGUAUACCUCUACUCGGGAGAGCAGUUCUGGCCUAGUGACAUAGCGGAACACCUUAUUCACACCACGCCUCAUCUUAACUAUACGCCAUUACAAGCGAAAUCUGACCACCCAACUCUGACGAACCUUGACGAAUUGAACGCCUGGGGUCGAUUUGUCUACCUUCAGAGCGACGACAACGUCGAAGAGCGCCCGGAAUGGCUGGGGAGUGCCAUCAACAUCCCCAACCGACCGGGAGACCCUGACGAGCAGGCACAGCCUUGGGCAGAAUGGGACGGCCGAAUCGACGGCGAGGUCCCUAAUGAUGAGCGUGAGAAGUGGUACGAUGUCGGCAUCGGAAGCACAAGGGACCAAGGUGGCAUAAGGCCUGCCCCGAAAUCGGGAGGGGAGUCAUCCAAAGUGCCAGUCGAGACGCCGGAAGGCGAAGAGCUAGUAGACGACGAGGAUGAGGAUGAGAGUGAGGACUUGCGCCCCGAGGCUCUUCGCCGCCGGGGCAAGCGGACGGUUGGUGGUCGUAGCGAUGCGCCUGCUGUGCUCGUCGUAGUCGACAAAGGCGAGGGCGUGGUCGACGCCUUCUGGUUCUUCUUCUACAGCUACAAUCUCGGCAACGUAGUGCUCAACGUGCGGUUCGGGAACCAUGUCGGUGAUUGGGAGCACACAGUUAUCCGAUUUCACAACGGCAAGCCAAAGGCGGUCUUUUUCAGCGAGCACAAUUUUGGCGACGCUUACAGCUACGAAGCAGUUGAAAAGAUCGGAAAGAGGCCAGUCGCCUACUCUGCAACUGGAACCCACGCCAUGUACGCCACCGCCGGCACCCACCCCUACGUCCUCCCUGGUGGCCUCCUCCACGACGUGACUGACCGUGGUCCCCUCUGGGACCCCCUUCUGAACUCUCACGCCUAUACCUACGACUACGUCAACGACACUCUCCGAAGCUCCAACGUCACGCCCCUCGCGCCGACGGAGUGGUUUUAUUUCAUCGGUCACUGGGGGGACAAGUUCUACCCCCUUGACGACCCGCGCCAAUAUCGCUUUGUGGGGCAAUAUCACUAUGUCAACGGCCCUCUGGGUCCGCGAUUCAAGAACCUCGGCCGCACGAGGAUAUGCCAGGGGAACAACGAAUGCUUGGUCAAGAGCUAUAUCGGGCCGUCGGAUAAUCGACGGCUGAAGCGAUUUGAAGGCGUGGGCGAGGGUGAGGAGAUGAGCGAAGAGGACGUGAAGAGGUUCGUCGGGCCUGAAGAGCUUGAGCACGAGACCUGA